GCCGGGUAUAAACAGCAUCCCGGGACUCCUUCACGUCACUGAUCGAAGCGGCAGCAACUCGGUCACCAGAGCUGAACUUCAGCAGAGAUAGCACAGCAGGCACCUCCACGCCGCGCAGGCUAACUCGCUUUCGGCUUUGGUUCGAGAUGGAGACCCGUUGCACCGUGAGAGGCUUCAGCGCCCGAAACUUUAAGAGUGGACUGACUCUGUGGUUGGUACUUUGGCUGGUGGUGGUGAAGCCGGGUGGGGUGUCAGCAUGUCCCAAGUUGUGUGUGUGUUACCCCACGCCCAUGACAGUCAGCUGCCAGUCCCAGAACAUCACCAUAGUGCCGGCUGGUGUGCCGUAUGACUCACAACGUGUUUUCCUGCAGAACAACCGCAUUACAGAGCUUCGUGCAGACUCUUUUGGCUUUGAGACACAGGUGCUUUGGUUGUAUGGCAACAACAUCACAUGGAUUGAAGCCGGGGCCUUCAGUAAUCUCAGGGUGCUGGAGGAGCUGGAUCUGGGCGAUAACCCACUGCAGCGCCUGGAAGGUGGAGCGUUCAGGGGUUUGGAGAAGCUGCAGAGCCUGCACAUGCAUCGCUGCAAGCUGGCUACUCUCCCCCAUGACCUCUUCCACAAACUGUACAGCCUGCAGUUCCUCUAUUUGCAGGACAAUCAGCUCCACUUUCUGCAGGAUGACCUUUUCUCUGAUCUGGUCAACCUCACCCAUCUCUUCCUGCACGGCAACCGCAUACGGGCCCUUUCAGAGAACGCUUUCAGGGGCCUAGUCAACCUGGACCGCCUCCUUCUCCAUGACAACCGUAUCAGACAAGUCAACCGUCGUGCUUUUCGUGACCUGGGCCGCCUGACGAUCCUCUACCUAUUCAACAACUCCCUGGCUGAGCUGCCAGGCCAGGCCAUGAAAGACACCCAAGGCAUUCAGUUCCUCCGCCUCAACGGUAACCCCUGGUCCUGCGGCUGCGAGGCCCGCCCCCUCUGGGAGUGGUUUCGGGGGGCCCGCCUCUCCUCCUCAGAGCUCAUGUGCUCCUCUCCAUCCCAACGUCGUGGCCAGGACCUCAGAUUCCUGCGAGAGCUCGACUUUGCCCUCUGCCCUCUGCCUGACCCCGGCUCUCUGGCAGGAACCACAACGACCACCUUCAGCAAAAAAACUCGCUGGUGGUUCUCCAAGCACAAGCCCACAUCCUCAUCCAAGGCCUUGUACCAGAAGAGCAAAGAUACAGUUAAGGCCUUCCCAUUCUCUGAUGUUAAGUCUCAGUACUUCCCUAAAAGUCCUGUAGAAACCUUCUCCUCCAAGUACGAACUGUCUGACGAUGAGGCGGCACUCCCAAAGCUGGACCAAGAAGAAUACUGGGCCAACUACGGCAAUGAAGACUCCUCCAUCCGCUGCCUUGAGCUUGAGUGCCCACCAGGCUAUGACAAACAACUGUUCUCCUCCACCUCCUCACCCAGCACCACAUCCCUCCUCCACCUCCUCUCCCUCUCCAUAGUAACAUUCUGCCUCCAUUUGCUAUUUGGCUGAACUCUUUUUCUUCUGCAUCCUUUUUAUCUCCCCUAUUUUCUAACCCUGCUCUUUCCAACUCUUACAAAAACCUGGAUCUUGAUUCCUUUCAGUCAGCUCGUUGACCUCCAGGAGGUGCUACACUGAUGCUGGAGACAUGUGAGGAAGCAGGGAGCUGUUUUUAAAAAGCAGACGUAAGCUGAGUUGCCGAAGAGCAGGACAGGACUUCAAGGUUGAAGGAGGUGCUGCUUGUUAGUUCAGGUUAUAACAAGCAGGGACGCAAAAGUUAUACGUGUAACUUGUUAUCAAAAAAAUAGAAGUCAGGGAGAGAAGUCAGCAUGUGGCGUCUCCAGAUGUUUUUUGAUAACACGGCUGUAAUCAACGCAGGCGUUGUGACUCAUCUACAGCUAUUUUCUACAUCAAAAAGUACUAAUCAUCACUAACAUUAUCACUCACUAGUUUCUGUUUUCAUGAGAAAAGUGGUGAUUGAUGAUGGGCUAUUGUGGACAAGCAGAAGCAGGACAUAGAUCAACACAAAAGAAAAGGUUUGGCAGGAGAGAAAAUGAAAUGAAGAAUUAGAGAGAGAAGUAAAAAGAAAAUCAAUACAACGUGAGCAGGGUGAGCUUAGGCAGAGGCACAAAAGAACGAGAGGAUCGUAAGACGAACUCUCCUCUUGCUCCCAAUUGCAACUCAAAUGCCAACAGAACACCACCCACACUCGCACAUACCGUCAACAUCACUGUACAUACACUCAUCACAAAAUGAUCUCUUUUCAAGACUAGCUUCAUUUGUACCUUUCAUUCUGGUACCAUUUGGUUAAAGACAGCUUGUUGUAAUAGAAGAGACAUGUAGAUUGUAAUCAGAAGGUAAACAAAUGUUAACUCCUUGAACCCCUAAUGUUCCUGUCAUGUCGGUUCCUCUCAGACAGCCUCAACACUUCUGUGUUAAUCGGACUGAAAGAAAAAUCUAAAGCAUUUCACUGAGAUUAGACACAAAAUCAAUAAUUUUUUAUCAUCUCAGAAAAAGAUGCUUAGUACCAAACAUGGAAGAUUUGUGCUGUUGACUGGUUGUGAUUCAGUUUUUGUUGUGAGUGGUAUUUGUGUGUUGUAGAUCUAAGUCCUCACAAAAACCAGUGUAACUAGGUUUCUAACGAGUUGUCUGUAUGAAUGAGCUUGUCUUUCCUGUCCAUUUAUCAGUGUGCAUAAAGAUCUUUGUAUUCAUUUAAUUUUUUAUGAAUUAAAAGUUAAAU